AUAUGAUUUUUUAGUUUUGAAGAGUAUUUUCAUCAAGACAAAAUGGUGAUGAUUUGAAAUCGGAACAUUCAACCUAUGUUUUAUGCCUUUUGAAAAAUGGCAGAAAAUGACACGAAGUACGAUCUGUCGGGGCAAAAUGACUUCAGGGAAGAUGGAAAGAAUCGAACAAAGAUUUUUUGUGAAAGAUGUUCAUCUUUAGUUCUUUUACCCAAAACUGCAAUGUUCUGCAAAUCUGAGUUCUUUAUGCCGCACAUGAAGAAAAAGAAGGAAGGUUUAGAUUCCAAUGGAGAGAAGCUAUCAGAUUUCUGGAAGGUUGGAGACAUGUUUACAUUUGAGAAUGUUGGAUUUUGUAAUACAGUGGACAAUAUUAAAUAUUUAGUUUGUGCUGAUUGUGAAGUAGGACCAAUAGGAUGGCACGAUAUCAGUGAUAAAACAGCAUAUUAUAUAGCUCUAGAUAGAGUUGUACACAAAGAUUAGAAACAUGUGUAAUUUGUUAUAUUUUUAACUUUUUUUAUUUUUAUGUCAUUGUAAAUGUGCAAUUUGUUUACCUUAUCAUUCCUAAUAAAAUGUUAUAUCUUUUGA